AUGCCAGCAAUGUCGCGGGGCGCAACUGGCAAAUCCUCCGUAAAAUCCGGCGCGAGGUCGUCCUCGAAGACGUUCUCGAAGCCGUCCUCGAAGGUGCGCGCACCAAAACGAACAAAAGGCGGCACUGUCUCGUCCCGCAACCACCGCUUCGAGGGCUUUUCGCAGCGCAUCGCGAAGCUCAAGAUCGAACCGGUCCGCCGUGGGCGCAACACGAUUAUCGACGAUGCCGAGCUUGAAACCACCUUCUCGUACUUCCGGGACUCUUUUCUCGAGUGGAAGGAACUCAACCUGUCCGAGAACUUUGUGCACUUCUCGCGCAAGGUCUCGCCGCUGUGCGACAGCCUCCCACAGGUCCUCCACCACAGCGACCGCAUAGUCGACCUGCUUGUCGAGUUUAUUGAGAAGGGCGAGAAGUACAGCGAGGAGGCGCUGCUGAGUCUGUUGGCGCAUCUGGCACACGACCUCGGCGAGCAGUUCGAAAAACACUUUGAGAGGGUUGUCAAGACUGUGGCGCGCCUGGCGGCCACUCACGCAGAGAUCGAGGUCAUAGAAUGGAGCUUCACGUGCCUGGCAUGGCUGUUCAAGUACCUCUCCAGGCUCUUAGUACCGGAUCUGCGACCGACCUUCGAUCUGGUCUCGCCUCUGCUGGGACGCGCACAACAGAAGGCUUUCGUGGCGCGCUUUGCCGCUGAGUCGCUCAGCUUCCUCGUUCGCAAGGCCGGAGCUGGAUACCAUCGUGACAAGACACCCCUCAAGUUGAUCAUCAGGCACAUCUCUGAGCAGCUGAAGGAGCUCCAGGACAAUGAGAAGGAUUACGAGUUUCAGCAGGGCAUUAUGUUCCUGCUCGCAGACUCACUGAAGGGAGUGCAGCGCGGCAUACACUCAAGCGCCACGGCGAUAGUUCACGCACUGUUGGCUGAAGCGUAUCACGAAGACUACGCGUCUGUUCAAGCGCCACCGCUCGAACCAGUCCUAGUGGGCGUCAUUACCGCGGUCAUUCACCACACGGAUGCCGAGAACUUUAAACCUCUCCUCGACGUCAUUCUUGCGCAGAUCCUGUCAGCAGACUCACGGCACGCAGCAUUGUCAGCUCGAUUGCUAUUCAUUGUUUGUGGCGUAAGGAAGGGCACUCGUAUUGCGGACUGGACGCCCGUGCUCAGUUCCCUCGAACAUGUUCUCAGCACUGCAAACGAGCCAGCGAACCUUGAGUCUACCGAAGUUUGGGACCUUUUGUCGGCGACCACCGUUGUAUUCCAGUACUGUGCCCUAGAUGCCGCGAUACCUUACGAGAAGCUUCUAGAAGGCCUCACCAAAGGAUCAUGGGACGAGUACUUCUUGCCAUUCUGCAACAUGUUUGCCGAGCUUGGCGCAGAGAGGUUCAAGACCCUUCUACUACCAUACUUCAAGCGAUUCAUUGCACAAAAGGCGCACGAAUAUGGGUCAGAGCUUUGCAUCAUCCUUCCUCAACUCUACCAGAGCGGCACAAUAUCCGCUGGAGCCGUUCACGCCUCAGGCCGCUGGCAAGCACUUCUCGAUAAACCAUUCCAAGAGCUUUCGAAAACACAAACCGAAAAUGAAGAACUGGAUAGGUCAACGUACCACUGCAACGCAUUACUCGAUGCCCUAGAGAUCCUGGCCGUUCCUGACGACAAGACAAGGAGUAUUUGGGAGGAGCUGAAGAAGCUACUAGACACAGCCGCAAGGGUAGAUUUGACCGAGAACGCUCGCAAGACCGACAUCUUUGGUAUCGGUAAAGGCUUCCAGUACCUGGUUGACAAGUCGAUCGAUGAUCAGGCUUUUGCGCUCAGCUUGUGGCCGACCUUGUGCCAAGCCACACCAAUCUACGCCCACUCUCUCUCGUUCUGGAAGGCGCUCCUCGCUCUGGUGCAGAAGAAGAAGAAGGUCAUUUCGACGAGUGGCGCUCAUAUGGAAUCUCUGAAAUGCGAGCUUAUGCGUUGCUUGGGUUCGCCGUCUCACGACAUGAGGUUGACAGCGAUCUACAUCCUGGAAAUCAUCGCGAGUACGAGCGAGGAAUUGCGAAAUAUCAUCUCCAUCGUGAUGAUGAUCGAGCAGACCCCACUGGAUCUCGAAAAUCAACGGUCCAUAUCGAUGCGUAUAGGCCAGCUUGCGAAACUAUAUCCGGAUGUCUGCGCCGAUGAGUGGGUGGGCGAGGCGGUACCUACAUUCUGCUUUGGACUUCUACACGUCAGAAUGGCGUCAGCUUGGGAUGACACCUGUGCAGCGUUGAAGGCAAUGUGCGAGACCAAGGAAGGGGAAGGCUUUGUCUCGCAGAUUGCUUUCGCAUGGCUGGGUGAGCCAGAGAGCCUGGAAAACUCCGCUAGCGGACUCGCCAAGAACACUGCACAGAAGCGGUAUGCCAACGAAUUCGAGUGCACGAACGUGUUCCAGUUACAAGACCUAGUUUCUAACAGCCAGGAGCUAUCAUACAACAUCGAAGACAAGCUUGAGGCCAUGUUCGACGACAAACACCCACAGAUACCGUUCAUCAACGCUUUCUGCAGAACGCAAGCGUUGCGUUUGCUGAACGCACUACCGCAAGUCGCCGAGAAACGUUCGCGUCUGCUCGUUCCCGUACUCCUAGACUGGGCGUUGGACCUACCUGUCGCAGAGAUCGAGAACGAGGGCGAUAUACACGAUGAUGCGCCCGAGCUAUCACAGCAACGAUGGUCGCGGAAAGACCAGAAAGCUAUGUUGUCUGUCUUUUCGAAGUUCAACAAUCCCAAGGUCUUGUACCGCUCUAGUGAGGUUCGCGACGCUCUACUAUCACUGUUGAGCAAUGGUGAUGUCGAAAUACAAAAGGCUGCACUCCAAGCGCUUCUGGUCUGGAAGGAUCGUGCUGUGAUGCCCUAUCAGGAAGAGUUGUUUGGCUUGCUCGAUGAUCAGCGUUUCCGAGACGAGCUGCCCAUCUUCCUCAGCGAAGGCAAGAUCCAGGACAGUGACCUUACUGAAGUUCUCCCUAUCAUCCUGCGGCUGUUGUACGGCAAAGUUAUCGCUGGCAAGCGAGGAUUAGAGUCAAAGAGGAAGUCUGUGUUCAUCGGACUGAAGAACAGGUUUGGCGAUGACGCUAUUCAUCAGUUCUUGAGUAUUGCGUUUGGACCUCUGAGUGGCGCCUCAGUGCUUCGAAACGGCGUACUUGACGAAGAUCUGUUGCGCAAGGGUCUGAUCGACACCCGCAAGCAGGUCGGUAUGUUGAACAUGCUUGAUGACUUGCUGAGCACGUUCAAGACGACAUUUACACCUUUCACUACCGAUGUUGUGGAUCCCAUCUUGUACUGUCUCGUCAGAGCAUCUCGAGACCUGCAAACGGCCGCAGCAAUGGAGGAAGCCGAUGUUGACGACAGCCAGAAGUUUCAAGUAUCGCUGCUCAGAACGGUUCGUCAGCGCGCCCUGCAAUCUCUGGCUAGACUUUUUGAGAGUUGUCCAGACUUCGACUGGCACCCAUACACAGCAGCAAUCGUCAAGGAGCUUGUCGAACCACGAUUAGAGCAGUUCCCUAUCGAGACUGCUCAGUCUAUCUCUGGACUUCUCCGACUGUUUGCAUCCUGGUCCAAGGCUACAUCAACAGCACCUUUCUUGGUCGAGCACAACAAGGACAUCCUCAUCAAGAUCAUCGACUGUCUGGGUGUGCCUUCGGCUAAGGACGAGGUGAAGCAGUUCGUUCUGGACGAAAUUCUUCGCAACAUCUUCUCGCUUGUUGCUAAUGAAGAUCAGGCAUCAUCUGUAGAUGCAAAGAUCCAGAGGAACCGCAUACACACAGAUAUCAUUCAGCCAUACUCUAAUGCGAUUCUGAACCGAGUCGGUGGCCUUCUCCGGAAGAGUCCAAGCAAAGAAGUGCUCGAAUCAGGAGUAUUGGCUAUUGCAGAACUUGCUCCUCACGUUGUUGGUUCGACCGAUUCCCGCAGCAUGAUCGAGAUUGCGACCUUCCUUAUUCGACAACCAUCAAAGCGGGUCAACCCAAGGACAAAGCUAGGCCUACUCAAGAUCCUCCACGAGUUCAUUCAACGAUGCGACUCUGAAAGUCUGGACGAGCUCUUCGAAGGUAUCUAUGAUGCUAUCUGCCCUAUGUUCGCUUUCUUCCAGGACCGAGCUGCCCGCACUGUACUUUGCGAUGUUGUCCAGGACUUGUCUGACACCAGGGAGGAACUUGCAGGCAUCGCAAAGCUCUGCCAGGAACUCAAUUCGUUUGCAAAGGGCCGAUUGGACGAACCUGACUUUGAGCGCCGUUCACAAGCAUUCAACCAGAUCAACGACCAAGGAUACCAGUCAUUCUCGCUCAUGCAGUGGAAGCCUCUGGUCUACAACAUGCUCUACUUCAUCAAAGAUAACGAUGAGUUGAGUAUUCGAGUGAACGCAUCCUCGACACUCCGCCGAUUCAUCGAAGUGUCACAGGGCGAUGACUUCAAAGAGUUUAUUACGGCUGCAAUUAUCCCUGGGAUUCAGCACGGAAUGCGCGAGCCGUCUGAGCUUGUCAGGACAGAGUUUUUGGCUGUCACAGAACAGCUGGUGAAGGUGCACCGCGAGUGGACACCGGUAGCUGACUUGUUCGUCCUCGUCUCAGACGAUGAAGAAGCGUCGUUCUUCAGCAACAUCCUGCACAUCCAAGGUCAUCGAAGGUUGAGGGCUCUUCGUCGACUGGCGGCCAACGCUUCCCAUCUGCAACCUGGAAAUACGUACCACAUCCUCUUGCCAUUGCUGGAGCACUUCGUCUUCAACAAAGCAGAUGAUGACAGUGCUGACAACCUCGCCGGAGAAACGAUUCGUACCCUUGCUGCUCUGGUCGAGUGGCUAGAGUGGCCCCAGUUCAGAUCCUUGUUCAAACGUUACAUUGGCUACUUGACCAGCAAAGAGGAUAUGCAAAAAGCUAUCGUGCGACUUAUCGGUGGCUUGAUGGAUGGGCUUAACCAGGCCGGUCGGAAGAAGGGAUAUGUCACUGCUUCUCAGCCCGCAUCAAAUGGCAAUGAGACUUCAGAAGCGAUCGUAGAGGCAGAUGCAGAUGCGAUGGAUAUCGACACACCUACUUCCACGCUGUCGAAGACGCUCCCUCAGCAGGACAAACUUACCAAGGACCUUGUCAAUAACUUCCUGCCAGACUUGACAGCUUUCCUACACAAGAAAGACGAAGCAACUACCAGUCUUCGAGUGCCUGUCGCGGUGGCCCUGACAAAGGUGCUACUUGUUCUUCCGUCCUCAGAGAUCGAGGGACGACUUCCUGGCGUCCUUCUCGACAUCUGCUACAUUCUCAAGAGCCGUACACAAGAGAGUCGCGACCAAUCAAGAAAGACACUCAGUGAGAUCGCAGUACUUACUGGACCGAACUACGUUGGGUUCAUUGUCAAGGCUCUGCGGACCGCACUUCAGCGGGGUUACCAGUUACACGUGCUGUCUUACACCCUUCACUACAUUCUGGUCAACCUUGCCAGCCAGCUGAAGCCUGGUGACCUCGACUACAGCGUUGCUGACAUUGUCGACAUCGUGAUGGAUGAUACCUUUGGCGUUACUGGACAAGAGAAGGAUGCCGAGGAGUACAUCAGCAAGAUGAAGGAAGUCAAGAGCAGCAAGAGCUUCGACACGAUGGACAUUAUCUCACGAUCAAGCACGCCUGCUCAUCUCAUCAAGCUGGUCAAUCCCAUCAAGUCCCUACUGCUGGAACGAAUCAAUGCAAAGAUGGUACAGAAGAUCGACGAGCUACUACGCCGCAUCGGUCUGGGCAUCUUGCAGAAUCCGACAGUUAACAACAGAGACAUCCUAGUCUUCUGUUAUGAGCUGAUCCAGGAAGUGUACAGAGCCAGCGCAACGACAGAGAAGGGCGACAAGACAGAUCCUAAGUUGAAGCGGUUCCUGGUCAACAGAAGAGGUGCCGCCAAGUCUGGAGCGCGUCUGUCAACAUCGUCUUACAUCUACAAGAUGACACGCUUCAGUUUAGACAUUCUCAGAACCGUGCUGCGCAAGCAUGACGAUCUCCAGACACCCCAGAACCUGGCAGGUUUCCUACCAAUUAUCGGGGACGCAAUGGUACAGGGACAGGAGGAGGUGCAGGUGUCGGCUGUUCGUCUGCUUACUACCAUCAUCAAGGUGCCUAUGGACGAGAUGGACGCCAACUGCCCUGUGUACAUCGAUGAGGCUGUACGAGCAAUCAAGGGUGCACACUCAUCCAACACCGAGCUUGCCCAAGCGUCGCUCAAGCUGGUGGCGGCUGUGCUUCGUGAGAGACCUAACGUGGUCAUCCGCGAGCGAGACAUCGGCCACUUGAUCAAGCGCCUGCUGCCAGAUCUCGAUGAGCUUGAUCGCCAAGGUGUUAGCUUUGGGUUCCUCAAGGCUGUCAUGAGUCGUCACAUCGAUGUACCUGAGGUGUACGAAGCCAUGGACAAGGUCGCAGAAAUGAUGGUAACCAACCAGACAAGAUCGGCCAGAGAUCUUGCUCGAAGCCACUACUUCCAGUUCUUGACAUCGUACACACAAAGCGAGAAGCGUUUCAAGAAGUCUAUGGAGUUCUUGCUCAAGAACUUGCGCUACGAGCACGUCGAAGGUCGCCAGUCUGUCAUGGAAGCUCUGGACCUCGUCAUCACCAAGGCUCUGCCUAGAUUCCCAGAGAAGGCUCAGUACGACUAUCACGGCAUGAUUUUCCUACCUCUGAUCAACACUCUCGCGAACGAUGAUUCGAGCAAGUGCCGAGAGCUUGCUAGUCUGCUUGUGAAGCGACUGUUCCAGCAUGCGAGCGAGAAGCGGCUGCAGAACUUCACAGCCGAUCUGAGGAGCUGGCUUGAGCAAGACGAAAACUUCGGCUUGAAGCGUCUUGGCAUACAAUGUUGGGGUUUCUACUUCGAGAUGCUUGAUGCUGAAGACGAUGAGCCGAAGGAGCUAUCCUACGUGCUGGAAGGGCUCGACUCUACGAUUGACGAGUCUUUGGCACGGCGCGAUGAGGACGAUUGGGAGCUGCUGUACUACUCACUGACACUCGUUUCCAAGAUCUGCAAGAAAUACCAAGAUACCAUGCUCUCCGCCGAUAAGGAGAGCCUGUGGACUGCGGUUCAGGUCAGCGUUUCGUAUCCUCACGCCUGGGUCAAGCUUAAGGCUGCCGAGCUGAUGGGCACGUACUUUGCUCACCUUGCGAUUGCUCACAAGGAUGUUGGUCUUGGUGCGCUUCCGCUCAAGGGAUCUGGUGGCUUGCAAUUGGCCGAGCAGAACAUGAUACAGCUUACCAAUGCAUCGCUGAGGAACUUGCUCAACCCUGAUGUUUCGGAGCAGCUCUGCACACAGAGUGUCAAGAACAUCGCCUUCCUGGCGAGGUGCCUAGCGGUCAACGGCGCGAAGUGGCAAUGGCACAACGCCGACGACGAAGACGAGGCCGAAGAAGCGCCAGAAGUGAACGGCGCAGAUGGUGACGUCUCUUCAGACGAAGAUGCCAACACAACCAAGAAGACACCAUCAGCAGCCAUCCACCGCCUCAUGAUCCGCCUCUCCGGCAUCAUCCGCCGCGACACCAGUUCCAUGAACGCUAAAACCGCAAUCAUGAAUCUCCUCGAAACAAUGGCCGCCAAAUUCCCUCUCGAGCCCCUUUCCACUUCCCUCCCCCACCUCCUCACAACCCUCAACACGCUCGUCGACCCCGCGACUACCAUCCCGCGCGCGCACACCAACGCAUCCUCGACAUCGCUCAACGAGCCUAACGAGCUAUACAAAGCGCUGAUUGACAAAGCGCGGGAGAUCAUGAAUACCCUGCAGAAGCGCAUGGGUACGCAGGAGUAUUUGAGAGUCAUGGGCGAUGUGCAGAAAGCUGUGAGAGAGAGGAGGGAGGAGCGCAGGAGGAAGAGGAAGGUUGAGGCGAUUGCGGAUCCGGAGAAGUGGGGCAAGGAGAAGAAGAGGAGGAAUGAUGUUAAGAGGGUUAAGAGGAAAGAGAAAGGGGCUGAGCAUAGGGGGCAGCGGAGGGGGUGGUGA